AUGGUCAAGAUUGUCCCAGGCAGCGAAGCAACACCGCUUAACGUGCUCGAGUACGAAGAAUAUGCUAGGGAAUAUCUACCAAAAAAUGCAUUCGACUACUAUGCGUCAGGUGCAGACGAUAUGGUAACGCUGAAAGAGAACCGCGAGGCUUUUAAACGACUCGUGCUGCUUCCUCGCGUACUUCGUGACGUGUCCCGAAUUGACAUUAGCACAACUCUUUUAGGCCAUCAUGUUAGCUCACCAGUAUGUGUUGCGCCAUCGGCCAUGCAUCGAAUGGCGCAUCCAGACGGCGAGAUCGCCAGUUCGUCAGCUACAGCCAAAGCCAAAUGCUGCUACAUCCUUAGUACUAUCUCCACCACCAGUCUUGAGGAUGUAGCUGAUGCCAGCAGUCUGGCUGAUCCGUGUGCGCUACGCUGGUAUCAGCUCUACGUGUUCAAAGACCGUGAGAUAACGCGCAACCUCGUCCAUCGUGCUGAAAAAAGCGGCUACAAAGCCAUUGUUCUUACAGUCGAUACACCCAAGCUGGGCCAUCGCGAACCAGACGUGCGCAACCGCUUCAGUCUGCCCAAUCACCUCACGAUGGCAAACUUUACUAGAGUGGGUGGUGAACACGAGAAAGGAGUCUGCAGCAAUGAGGACUCCGGCCUCGCCCAUUACGUCAGUGAGCUAUUCGACCUUACACUAAAUUGGAACGACGUCAAAUGGCUUAAAAGUAUUACCGAAUUGCCCAUAGUUGUGAAAGGUGUGCUCAGCCCCGAAGACGCAAAGAUCGCAGUCGGAUUGGGUUGCGAAGGUAUUCUUGUGUCCAACCACGGUGCCAGACAACUCGAUGGCGUCGCCGCUACCAUUGAUGCUCUGCCGGCCAUUGUUAAGGCAGUAGACGGUCGAGCGGAGGUAUACAUGGAUGGCGGCAUUCGUCGUGGAACUGAUGUUUUUAAAGCUCUUGCACUUGGUGCCCGCGCAGUCUUCAUUGGCCGUCCAAUUUUAUUUGGACUGGCUCACAGUGGCGAGGCUGGUGUGAUUAAUGUCCUUCGUAUUCUUACCGAUGAGCUUAAGCAUGCAAUGCUAUUCUCUGGUACUGCUAGGCUCGCUGACAUCGGCCCGGAAUAUGUUCGACGCGGAUGUCCCCCGCUUCCGUCAUCGUUAUAA